CAUUUUGGAACAUCUAUGAAAUCUGUGCAUAUUUUGGCUUUAAAUCCGGGACAAUUGCUGGAGCCAUCCAGGUCUCUUGAACAAUUUCCAACAGUGAUGUUGGUCUGCCAACUUUUCCCACUUUUCCAGUGAAUGAUUUUUAGUUUCCCUGCAAGUGAAGAGGAAAUGUCCCUAAAGCCAAUGGCAGUGUCACAUGCAGAUAAGCCCUUAAAAAGCCCAGAAAGCCUUGCUGCAGUGCAGGACGACCACCUCUCCAGUUUGAAGGCUUUGACUGAGAAGCUGAAGCUCGAGACCAGAAAGCCGUCUUCCCUGGACUGGAGAGCUCAGCUGGAGGAGAUGCUCGCCCAGAGCCGCAGACUCUCAGAGACACCGGAUGACACGGACAAACAAAAAACAUCAGGUCCUCUUCAGUGGGCCAAGCCGUCACUGGAAGCUGGUGGGAUCCAUGAAGGGAGGCAACCAUCAGGGAACAGACUGGGAUUUGGAAGUAUAGACCAAGCAUUGGAGUGGCUCAAGAAAGAUCUGGCAGAGAUGCGUUUACAGGACCAGCAGCUCGCACGUCAGCUAAUGCACCUGCGCACUGAUAUUAACAACCAGAGAAUCAUGCUGACGUGUAGCCAACAUCGCAAGAUGCUGAACGAUGCCACGUUUGAGCUGGAGGAGCGAGACGAUAUGUCCGAUUUAUGUGACGUUCCCAUGUCUCCUGGAUUAGGCCUGUCCUCGACACUCAAGGUCAUCGGGGUCACCAAGAUGAACAUCAACUCUCGGCGGUUCUCCCUGUGCUAACAGCAGGACACAGGGGACCGUCUUUUUAUCUUAAAGGGGUCAUGACAUGGAAUUGAGGUUCACUUAUAAUGUACAUUUAUUAGACAC